AUGGUGUGGGUGCCCCUGAGCCCCACGAGCAGUGACCGCCGGGCCCCGCUGCACACCCCCAGCACCACCACCAUGUCUUUGGAGUGGCUGAUGGACUGGAGCUGGUCCCUGGAUGGACUCCGCGAUUUCAUCGCCACCGGCAUCCAGUCUUUCCGCGACUGCGACGCCACGGCUCUGGUGGCCGUCGCCUGCCUGCUGGUCCUCUUCGUGUGGUACUGCUACCACGUGGGGCGGGAGCAGCCCCGCGCCUACGCCACGGUGAACGCGCUGAUGCAGAGCGCCGAGGCCAACGGGGUGCAGAACGGGUUCGUGUACUGCCAGUCGCCCGAGUGUGUGCGCUGCUCGCACCACGACGGCCUCAACCAGAAACUCUACCACAACCUGCAGGAGUACGCCAAGCGCUACUCCUGGUCCGGCAUGGGCAGGAUCCACAAGGGCAUCCGUGAGCAGGGCCGCUACCUCAACAGCCGGCCUUCCAUCCAGAAGCCAGAAGUUUUCUUCCUGCCCGACUUGCCCACUACGCCCUACUUCUCCCGGGACGCUCAAAAGCACGACGUGGAGUUGUUGGAGCGCAACUUCCAGACCAUCCUGUGCGAGUUUGAGACCCUGUACAAGGCGUUCUCAAACUGCAGCCUCCCGCAAGGAUGGAAAAUGAACAGCACGCCCAGCGGGGAGUGGUUCACCUUCUACCUGGUGAACCAGGGCAUGUGCGUGCCCAGGAACUGCCGGAGAUGCCCACGGACGUACCGCUUGCUCGGGAGCCUCCGUACCUGCAUUGGCAACAAUGUCUUUGGGAACGCCUGCAUCUCUGUGCUGAGCCCAGGCACGGUCAUCGCCGAGCACUACGGGCCCACCAACAUCCGCAUCCGCUGCCACCUCGGUCUGAAGACGCCCAGCAACUGCGAACUGGUGGUGGGGGGCGAGCCCCAGUGCUGGGCUGAGGGCCGGUGCCUGCUCUUCGACGAUUCCUUCCUGCACACGGCGUUCCACGAAGGUGCCCCGGAGGAAGGUCCCCGCGUGGUGUUCAUGGUGGACCUGUGGCACCCCAACGUGGCCGCGGCCGAGCGCCAAGCCCUCGACUUCAUCUUCGCGCCGGGACGAUGA